AAAAUCUUAUUAAUCGGAAUAGAGAAACUACCUACAUCGCGAGAGAAGCCCGCAAGUUUCUGGUGGUGUACAAAAUAAAAACUUUAAAAGAAAAAAAAAAAAAAAACAAUUUACCCCCAACCAAGUUAAAUAAAUGUCAUCCCAGCUGGUCAAGUUGAAUGCUUUUAAGCAAACUCUCAUCUCCUUUGUGUUAAAACUGAGACAAAAGGAACAUCGUUUGCUCUCCAGUUUUGUAGCAGUGCGCAUACCACCAAUACCAAAAGCUAAACAAGCUAAUAACAAGGUAUUCGAAUCGCGUCGACGUCGUUCUGUUAACAGUUGUGUUGGACAUAUCGUUCAAAUUGCUGCAUUUAUUGGGCUUCCUGUUGUUUACAACGCUCCUGCUUCGUCUUCUUCUUUUCCAUCUCCACAUUCACGAUAUCAAAUGGCAGAGGAAUCAAGUCUUGAAAGUGUUCUCCAGAAUGCUGAUCAAUUAUUCGAUGAAAACCAUUUUCAAGAAGUUGUAGAUGUCCUCGACAAAUAUAAGGAUCAAAACCUCCCUGAAAUUCAAUGGAGAAAAGCCAGGGCAACAUUUUCCGUUUCCAAAGCUACCAAAGACAAGAGCGAGAAAGAGAAAUUAAUUAAAAAUGCUCAUGAAUUGAUUAAGACUGCUGUGGCAGCAGAUCCCGGCAAUUUUGCUGCCCAUAAAUGGAUGGCAAUUAUAAUGGAUGCAGCUGCUGAGCUCCAGGGUAUUAAGGCAAGAAUAUUGGAGCUGGACAACAUUAAAUUCCAUAUGAAUGAAGCUGUUCGAUUAAAUCCAGAAGAUCCAACUUCAUGGCACAUGAUUGGAGCCUAUGAAUAUGGAUUGGCUGAAUUGUCGUGGAUUCAGAGGAAAUUAGUUUCGACGAUAUUUGCCUCGCCACCGACUGGGUCGUUUGAAAAGGCUUUGGAGAAUUUCGAGAAGGCAGAAAAGUUGAAGGAGGGAUUCUAUUCGACCAAUUGGUUGAUGAUUGGAAAGUGUCAUAUAGCUUUGAAGCAGAAUGAUAAGGCGAAAGGGUUUCUUGAGAAAGCUGCCAACUGUGCUGUUUUAAAUGAAGAUGAUAAAAAAUGCAAAGAAGAAGCUGUUGCGCUGUUGAGAAAACUAUAAAUUUUGUAUACACACUGCCAUUAAACAACAAAAAUACUACAAUUACAAUGUUUUCACUUUAAGUUAGAUGAAUGUUUGAUUCUUGUCGAGGUUCAAAAUGCUUACAAUUUUUUUUUAUUAUAUAAACAUGAAUGGAUAAAUGUAUCGGCUUACCAUUAAAUUUAAUUAAUUUUUUUGAAAAUAUAUAUUCAUAGAUAAAUUUA